CAGCUAGUAAAAUUGAAUGCAUGAAAUGCUUUGAAAUAUUGUUGACUCUUCUUUUUCUUAAAACAAAAGGUUACUAGUAGUCCAGGAAUUCAUAUUGAUGAAGAAAGAGGAGUACUGAAAUUACUUUCAGUUCGUCAAGAUAUGAAAGGAGAAUGGACCUGUCUUGCUGAAAGUAUAGCUGGUUAUACAAGAGAAUCUGUACUAAUGGAUGUUGGAUUUCCACCUAAAGUACUUACAGAUUUUACAAAUUCAAAAGUGUUAGCUGAAUUUUCAAUGGAUACAACUUUAAGUUGUCCAAUAACUGGUCAACCUCUUCCUAAUGUUAAAUGGUAUCGUGUUACUGGUUCAGGGAAUAUACCAUUAAAUUUUGGUAAUCGUUAUAUAUUACAAGCUGAUAAUUCUUUAUUAAUACAUGAUGUAAACAUGGAAGAUGGAGGUGUUUUCGUUUGUGAAGCUGUUAAUAUGUAUGGUAAAGUGAGUCAUUCAGUCACCGUUGAAAUCGGAGGCACAAAAGCUCCAUCUAUAUCAUUUACACAACCAAAACAAUUAGUUCUUGUUGGUACAACAGAAAAACAAAUUAUUUGUAAUGUACUUGAUGCAAAACCAGCUGCUACUGUAAUUUGGUUAAAAGAUAAUCAACCUAUUGAUAUUAGAACAAGUGAAAAAUAUUAUCAAGAUGGAUUUAACUUAAUUAUACGUGAUAUAGAAAUAGAAGAUGAAGGGAUUUAUACUUGUAUUGCACGCAAUGUAGUUGGAAAGGCUAAAUUUGAUAUUGAAUUAGAUGUACAAGGAAAACCAAAGUUUUUAGAUUCAUCUAUUGGAGGUAAAAUUGAUGUGACACAAGGUGAUAAUUUAGUUUUGGAAUGUAAAGUUGAAGGUGAUCCAAAACCAAUUGUUGAAUGGCGUAAAGAUGGUAGAAUAAUUUUACCACAAGGACCUGGAACAAGUACCGGGACAUUGUAUGGAUCAAAUAUGGGUUCAAUAGGACCGGCUAUUGUUAUUUCACCUGAUGGAUAUACAUUGACAAUAUAUUCAGUUACAGAAGCUGUUACUGGAAGUUUUACAUGUUCUGCAAUUAAUGUUCAUGCAAUUGAAUCAAAAGAAUUUGAAAUAAGUGUUAAAACACCACCUGUUAUAUCAAAAGAAGGUAGUAGUGAAUUUGAAUUGGGUAAUCAAGAAGUUGGUUUAUUAACUUGUAUUAUUGCAAUUAGUCAACCUCAAGCUAAAGUAACAUGGUAUAAAGAUGGAAGACCAUUAGAACAUAUUCCUGGUCGAAUUAAUUUUCUGGAUCAUGGACAUACUGUAGAAAUACGUGGUAAAAAUGAAGAAGACUCUGGUUCAUAUGAAUGUCGUGCUGAAAAUGUUGCUGGGAUAGAUUCUAGAUUUUAUCAAGUAACAAUAUUAAUUCCUCCAGAGAUUACAACAAUUGGAACUUCUACUCGUCGACUUGUUCAAUCAGGUCAGAAAUUAGAACUUGAAUGUGGUAUGACUGGUUAUCCUGAACCAAAAUUAACAUGGUAUUGGAAUGGUAAACCAUUAUCUAGCAAUGAUGAUCAACAAGAAACUAUAGCAUCUAGUUUAGGCAUGCAAAUAAUUAAUAUGAAUCCUGAAAGAAAAGAUUUAUUUAUACAAGAAAUGAGUACUGCUUUACAAGGAAACUAUACAUGUAAAGGAAUGAAUAAAGGAGGUUCAACUGAUUUAACUUAUGAAGUUAUUCUACUUGAAAAACCUCGAAUAGAUAGUUUAAAUGAAAAAGCUGUUGUAUUUGUCAAUAAUACAAUAACAUUAACAUGUGAAGCUACAGGCAGUCCACCACCGAAUAUUACAUGGUUAUUUAAGGGGAAACCACUUGAUUUACACAAUGAUCCAGGUUAUCGCUUAGUUGGUCCAAAAAAUUUAAUGCUUUUAUCGGCAAGACCUUACCAAGGUGGAGAAUAUGAAUGUAUUGCAGAAAAUGAAGCAGGAAUAGCCCAAGCACUAACUAUUCUAACUGUUUUUGAACCAACUGGUGAAAGGAAUAUGGCACAAAAUCUUACAAUUAGAACAAUACAAAUGGGUGGGAAUAUUACAUUCACAUGUGUUAUGAGUUCAAAUCCACCAGCACAGAUUAAAUGGUUUAAAGAUGAAGAAGAUAUUUAUAGUGUUAUGCCACAAGAUCGUUUUUCAAUUAGUUCUGAUGGUUCAGCUUUAACGAUUCUUAAUGUUCGUCUUGAAGAUCAAGGUCAAUUCAAAUGUUUAGCAGUUAACAUACCUGGAUCUUGGAACUAUCAUUAUACACUGGAAGUAACAUCAUCUCCUGGUAUAUUGAAACAUUCAUCUUCACCAUCUAAAGUAAAUGUGAAUGAUGGUCAAGAAUUACGUUUACAAUGUUUAGCUACAGCAAAUCCGGAACCAGUUUAUCAAUGGUUAAAAGAUGAUACACCAUUAAGUCUUCAUGUUUUAACUAUGUCAUCCAUUGAGGGAAAUGAUUUUUCAACACCAAGUCUAGAUAUAACAAAUCUAAGUAGCCGUUAUGAACUUCAUGAUCAAGGGAGAUUACUUUUAAUUCGAGGUAUUCAAACACAUGAUGCUGGAAGAUUUACAUGUGUGGCUAGUAAUCCAGUCGGUGAAGAUAGAUUGGAUGUAGAAGUUGAAGUUUCAUCUUCUCCAAGAUUUCUUGAUGGUUUAGAUCAUGAAUCACCAAUAUUAGAGAGAGGUAAAUCAAAUCAUUUAUGGUGUAAUGUUACUGGACAUCCAGAACCUGAAAUUCGUUGGGAAUAUGAACUACCAACUAGUGGUCCAGGUGAUCGUAAUAUACAACAACGUUUAAAUGGUAGACAAUUAAUUUUACCAAAUGUCGACUAUGGUGUAAUAACACGUUAUAUUUGUAUUGGUAAAAAUAAAGCUGGUGAAAUUAAACGAAUAUUUGAUCCAACUUUAGUAUAUCCCCCAGUAAUUAUUGGACCCGAGGGAAAAAAUCCAAGACAUGUAUUACAAAACUCUAGUACACGAUUAAUAUGUGACUGGGAAGCAUCACCAAGAGCUCAAGUGGAGUGGUUUAAAGAUGGAGAAAUAAUUACCUUUGAUACAUUUCCAAAUGUUAAUAUUUCCGUUGGCGAUACACAACUUUAUCUAACCGAUGUACAAAACUCAGAUGCUGGAAAUUAUCGUUGUGUAGUAACUAAUGAAUAUGGUUUGGCCAAACGUCAAUGGUUGGUGCAAGUGAUGUCUCCACCAUUAAUACGAUUUUCAAGUCAAGAAGGUGAACAUAAUAUAGCACUUGGAUCUAAUUUAGCAUUAUUUUGUGUUGCAACUGGUCAUCCAUUACCUAAAAUUACAUGGACAAAAGAUGGAAAAUCUAUAAAUGAUAAAAAAUUUACAAUUAGUGAAGAUAAUGUACAUUUACGAUUAAUUAAUGUUGAUGAAAAUGAUAAUGGUCGUUAUACAUGUCAUGUUAUAAGUGAAUAUGGUCAAGUUUCUAAAACAUUCGAUGUUAAAAUAACAUAUGGGCCCAGACUGGAUCCCGAUGGUCAACUGCAAUACAGUGUCGAACGUACCGUAGGAGCUAGUGCUCUGCUUGAAUGUCUUGUGUCUGGUAAUCCUCGACCGAAAAUUGAAUGGUUCAAGGAUGGUAUACCACUUGAUCAACUUUCAUAUAGAUAUCGAUUAAUUAAUCAAGAUCGUCAGUUAGAAAUAAUAUCUAUGCAACCAACAGAUGCUGGUCGUUAUAGAUGUGUUGCAAAAAAUAAUUAUGGUCAAUUAGAGAUAAAUACAGAUGUUUCAGUUGGAGCUCCGGCUCGUAUUGAUCGUGGACGUGUACGUACAGAAUAUACAGUUCGUGAAGGUGAUGAACUUGUAUUACCUUGUCCAGCUACUGGAUCACCUACUCCAAAAUUAUACUUUACACGUACUGGUGAACCACGUCCAGGUAGUAGAUAUGAUGAUAGUUCUGGUGUUAUUAAAUUAUCUAGACAAAUUGAUAAUUUACCCAAACAUUCAGUAAUAUCACAGGACCGUCAAUCACUUACUAUUUUCCGUACAUUAAAAAGUGACAGUGGUUCAUAUCAAUGCAAUGCAAGUAAUGCAGUUGGAUGGGAUAUCAUGGAAUAUAGUGUUCGAGUUCGUGUCCCUCCAACAUUUGACACAUCCAAUGUACAACCUGAAGUUCAUUGGUUUGUUAAUCAAACUAGAUCAUUAGAUUGUACAUUAAUGGAUGGUGUUGAUCCUCCACCACAAAUUAAAUGGGAAAGAAAUAAUAUGCCAAUAGUUAGUGGACCAGAUAUUCAAAUUUCUACUGAUGGUAGUCGUAUAACAGUACCUCUUGUACAAACACGUGAUGCUGGUGAAUAUAUUUGUCAUGCACAGAAUGAAGUUGGUAAAUCUACACAAAUAUUUAAUGUACUUAUAUAUGUUCGUCCAAAAUUUAUUGAUCCAACAAGAAAAAUUCACGUACAGGCUGUUCAAAAUGAAACUAUACAAUUAGCUUGUGAAGCGACUGGUGAACCAAGACCACGAUUUGCCUGGUUUAAAAAAGAUAUUGAAAUAAUUCAACCACAAUUUAUGGAUCCACGUUAUAUGCAUUCACAAGUAUCUAGUUUAGCUAUUUUAAGCGGUGAUCAAUUAUUACAAAUAUCAAAUAUACAACCAAUUGAUCAAGGAGAAUAUGCUUGUACAGCUAGUAAUGGUGGAGGUACAAUAGAAAAGAAAUUCAAUGUGACCGUAAUUGUUCCACCUGUUAUUAUCAAACGUUAUGGAUCACCAGAAGAACAUCGUACAUCCGAAUUCAUUCCAAUCACAUUCUAUUGUUUACUACAUGAUAUUAAUCAAACAAAAGCAGAGAUCACUUGGACUAAAGAUGGUUCACCAAUAUUAAUGUCACCGGAUGGAGAUUAUUUUGUUAUACAAGAUCAAGGUCAAAGUCUAACAGUUGUUCGUCCAACAGGUGAUGAAGUUGGGACAUAUCGUUGUUUGGCAAAGAAUAGAGCUGGUGAAGACAGUCAUAGUUUCCAAUUAUCUGUUAUUGCUGCUCCUAGAUUUCCAUCAGAUUUUGUUCGUUAUCGUCAAAAACUUGUUGUACGUUUGGGUGCUGAAAUUGAAUUUGAAUGUCCAGCUUAUGGAUCACCUUCACCUACAAUUACAUGGUAUUAUAAAGGGGCACCAUUAUCUCAGUAUAAUGCACCAGCUAAAUAUACUUUUGAUGAUGAUGGAAAAAAAUUGAAAAUUAUUUCAGCAACUGGUAAAGAUUUGGGUGAAUAUCAAUGUCUAGCACGUAAUGAAGCUGGGAAUAUAUCAAAAAUUUAUGAAUUAGAAGUUAUUAUGCCCCCAUUAGUUAGGCUAGAUAAAACUGAAGUACGUGAAAGAGAAGGUGCUACAUUUACUGUACAUUGUUCAGCUGAAGGACAUCCUAUGCCAUCUUUAGAAUGGUUUAGAGAAACAGGUGGAUUAUUUAGACUUGGAACAAGUGUGGAUGUCAGCACUGGACUCUUAACAAUCACAGAUGCUAAAAAAGAAGAUAGUGGCCGUUAUGUCUGUAAAGCGAUCAAUAAAAUCAGCGAGGAUUCUAAAUCAGUUAUGAUUGAGAUUAUUGAACGACCUACAAUACAUACAUCAAUGAAACCAAUUUUGGCUAGAGAAAAUGAACAAAUUUUAUUACCAUGUAGAACAAGUGGUACACAACCAAUACGUAUUCAAUGGCUUUUACCGUCUGGUCAAUUAAUCACAACUGAUCAACCUGGUGUAUUUCGGUUACUUCCGGAACAAGGUCUUUUACUUGAAAAAGUACGUUCAGAACAUGCUGGUCGUUAUCGUUGCUCAGCAAAUAAUGAAGCUGGUUUUCAGAAUGCCGUUGUCAGUUUAGAAGUUUUAAUUCCACCAACAUUGGUUAAACCAGCUAAUUUAGAAGUGUCUGGUCGGUUGAAUUCUGUGUUACGAUUGAAUUGUGAAGUUGAAGGUGGUUCUCCAACGCCUACAUUAACAUGGGAACGUGAUGGUGUAACAUUUAGUCGAACUAAAAGCUAUUACACUACUACAGAAUCUGGUCUGUUUAUCUUUAAUUCACUGAAGCCUGAAGAUGAAGGAGAACUCACAUGUAUCGCUAAGAAUGCAGCUGGUGAAGAUCGUAUUACUUUUCGUGUAUUUGUUCAAGUUCCACCACGUGUCUCAUUGCCAAUAUCCACAAUCGGUUAUGAAGGUAAAUCGGUUACAAUGAAUUGUGAAGCUGAUGGUCGUCCAAAACCUGAAAUUAUAUGGGAAUUUAAAGGACAACCAAUGACAAGUCAUCUAGGUGAUCGUGUACGAUUUGAAACACCAACAAAAGUUACUAUACAUGACUUGAUUCCGUCAGAUGGUGGAACAUACUCGUGUAUUGCUCGUUCUCCUGGACAAGAAAUGGCUAUGGAUUCUACUUUUCUGACAAUUUUCACUAAACCGGAAUUUGAAAGAACACCUAAUCAAACCACUGAAGCUUAUGAAGCAAGAUGGAUACAAUUUCGUUGUAUUGCUAAUGGACAUCCCAAACCAGAAAUUCGUUGGAUGCAUAAUGGAAAUAUUAUUCCAAGUAAUCCAAGUAAAAAUGGAGUUGGUUCACUGGUACUUGGCCCAUUAAGAACUGAUCAAGCUGGUCGGUAUACAUGUGCAGCAAAGAAUGAUGCUGGAAAUGUUGAGUACGAUUUUGAAUUGAAAGUCAAAACUCGUCCUAAAGUGCAUGUAUAUCAGUCAGAUGAACCGCCUAGAGAAAGUGAUACAACACGUCUUCGUUGUGAAGUUAGCGGUGAUGCUGAUUCAGUUAUUUGGUUAAAAGAUGGAAAUAUAAUUUCUAAUUCAAGUCGUUUUCGUAUUCUAGAUAGAGGUUCAAGUCUUGUUAUAAAAAUGGCAAAAGCUAAAGAUACAGGAACAUAUCAAUGUAUAGCUGCAAAUCCAGUUGGUGAAGAUCUUGGUGAACUUCGUUUAGUUGUAGAAAGUAAACCAUAUCUUGUUAAUCAUCCAAAUAAUAUGACAGCUCAAAUUGGAAGUGUAGUCGUUAUGGAAUGUCUUGCAGAAGGUCAACCUAAGCCAACUAUUACAUGGUAUAAAGAUAAACAACAAAUAAUUCUUCGUGGGCAUCGUUCACUUGUUAAUAAUGGCUCUUUAAGGAUUGUUGGAGUCUCAUCAGAUGAUGAUGGUCUAUAUCAUUGUGUAGCUUCUUCAAGUUUGGGUGAAGAUUUCUCACCACCUGCCUUUUUACAAGUUCAAUUAGAUGGUAGAUGGUCGGAUUGGUCUCAAUGGUCAGAAUGUAGUCAAACCUGUGGACAUGGAACCCAAUCAAGAACUCGAACAUGUACUAAUCCAGCUCCAAAACAUGGAGGUGCUCAUUGUACGGAAGAAAAUAUUGAUAUUCGUCCAUGUUUAGUAAAAUUUUGUCCUACUGAUGGUGAAUGGGGUAGUUGGACACCUUGGUCUGCUUGUACAGCCACAUGUGGUGUAGGUUUAUCUCAAAGACGAAGACGUUGUGAUAGUCCACCUCCAAGCAACGGUGGAAGGUCAUGUGUUGGUGAAGCUGUUGAAGAUGUGAUGUGUGAAGGUCUUCCACCAUGUCCAGUCUCUGGUAGUUGGUCACCAUGGUCUCCUUGGUCUGACUGUUCAUCAACCUGUGGAAUAGGAGGAACUCAAAAUCGUAAACGAACAUGUGAUAAUCCAACACCGUCGAAUGGUGGCAGAUCAUGUCCAGGGCAAGACUUGAUGGUACGUGCUUGUAACCGUGGCCCUUGUCCAAUAAAUGGAGGAUGGGGAACAUGGAGCUCUUGGUCUCAUUGUUCACAUAGCUGUGGUGGAGGUCAACGUCGUCGUACUCGUAUAUGUGAUAGUCCGGUUCCAGCAUAUGGAGGUGAAGAUUGUCCACCAACAGGAAGUACAGAAACUUCUGAAUGUCAGUCAGAACCGUGUCCAAUUCAUGGUGAUUGGUCGAACUGGUCAUCAUGGUCAGCCUGUUCACGUACCUGUGGUGUUGGACUACAGACUAGAGAACGUGAAUGUACUCAACCACAACCUCAGUUUGGUGGACGUCUAUGCCGAGGAUCAGCGAAAGAAAUAAGAACAUGUGAAACACAAAAACGUGGUAGUUCAGAAUUUUGUUCAAACAAUGAACCUGGACUAAUUUCGACUUGGUCAGAAUGGUCUUCUUGGUCGGAAUGUGAACCUGACUGCUCAUUAGUUAGUCAAAUAUCGGAAAAAAGUGGAAUAAAACGUCGUGAACGAACAUGUACACUUUUAUCUCCUGAAAAUGAGUCAACCCAUGGAUGUCCAGGUCCAGCUGAAGAAAUUCAAGACUGUACACUUGAAUAUAAACUAGAUAAAUGUCAAGAUACUCUACAUAGUGCUAACAAAGGACUGAUAACUGGAACUAUUCGAGGCCGAUUGAAUAAUCAAGACAUUGGAACAAUUCAUCUUAAUGCUAAUUGGUCUACUUCUGCUUCAAAUCGUUCUACAAAUUACGAAUUCCGUUUAACUAAUGUACCAAUAGAACGUAGUCAAUGUUUACAAGCUUUAACUGAAAUUUAUCUUCCUGGCAUUUGGUAUGCAGCAAAAGAGGUAUCUGGUGCAUCUAAUGGUCAUACAAUUAUGGGUGCAUUAAACGGAAUCACAUGGGAAUCAGUUGGUCAAUUUGCUGAUGGCAAUACAAUACAAAUGAGCCAACGUGUAUUACGAUCAAAUGAUUCAAUUAUGUCAUCUUCAAGUGAAUCUGUUGUCUAUUUGACAACGGAUAUUUAUUUAUCUGGAUCUUGUACAUUGUCUUUAAUUGAUUAUAAAACAACUUCAAGUCCUGAAGUUGAAUUACAUGAUUUUCAUGAAAACUUAGUACAAUUAAGUCCUCAAAAAGGUAGCCUUCAUAGCCAUUCGUCCAGAGCAUUCACAGUUUAUAAUUUAAAGAGAGAAAAAUCACAAAUGGAACCUUAUUCAUGGAUUUCUACAAUCCAAAUUGGUCCAGAAAGAAGACAAACUUAUUUAACUCAAGAACUUCAUAUCAAUGGAAUAGAAAAUAAAGUAAAUUCACAAACUGGACAAUUUGAGUUUUACGCUGAAAGUAUCAUGAAAAAACCUAUUGGUCCAGAUGUUUGUCCAUCUGGUUUUGAAUUGAAUCAAGCUAGAAUCACUGGAACAAGUAUUAGAUUACAAAGAAGACGAGAUUAUUGUAAAGAUGUAGAUGAAUGCGCUUUUCCAAAUUUGAAUAAAUGUGAUCAUGUUUGUAAAAAUACUGUACCUUACUAUACAUGUACAUGUCAUAAAGGUUAUCGUUUAUCAGUUGAUGGUCAUUCUUGUAUUGAUAUUGAUGAAUGCGCUAUAAGUGGAAAUAAUCAAACUAUUUGCCCAUAUGGACAAAGAUGUAUUAAUACUCAUGGAAGUUAUGAAUGUAAACAUGUUUGUGGACCCGGUUUGAAAGAAAAUCCUAUAAUGGAUCGUUGUGAAGAUAUUGAUGAAUGUCAAAAUGGACCAGGUAUUUGUGGACCUCAUACAUGUGUGAAUACCUUCGGAGGUUAUCAAUGUAUUUGUUUACCAGGUUACAAACGAAUAGGUGAAGUAUGCCAAGAUAUUGACGAAUGUCUAUCUGGAGCUUACCAAUGUAGUGAAAAUGAACGAUGCGUAAAUAUACCAGGCAGUUUUCGUUGCCAACCUGCAUGUCCACAAGGAUACCGUGCGAUAGGUACACCUGAAUCAAAUAUUAUUGAAUGUGUUGAUAUUGAUGAAUGUGCUAUCGGAAUUUCUCAGUGUCCGCUUGGAUCAAAAUGUAUUAAUGAACCUGGAACGUAUAGUUGUCGUUGUUCAAAUGGUCAAGAAGCUGGAACUCAAGGAUGUGAUAAUCGACGUGAUUUGUUCUGUAAUGAAGGAUUUCAAUGGAAUCGAGAAAAAGGCUGUAUAGAUAUUGAUGAAUGUAAUCCAUCAUUUGGUUCAAGUCCAUGUCAAUAUAAUUGUGUAAAUACAUAUGGAGCUUAUCGUUGUGAAUGUCCAAUAGGCUAUGAAAUAGAUCGUAAAACAAAUUUAUGCAGAGAUAUAGAUGAGUGCAAUUUAGGCAAUCCUUGUAGAUCAGAUGAAGUUUGUUUAAAUCUUCCAGGCAAUUACACAUGUGUACAACAAAGAUGUCCGAAAAAUUAUGUUUACGACAAAAAAUCUAGAUCUUGUCGAAUAAGAUGUAGUGAUUCUAAAUUAAAUUGUCCUCAUGGUGCUAUGUUUGCUGAUACUGUGGAAUAUUUAGUUGUUAGUCUUCCAUCGCCUGAAUCAUACCGUGUGACGGGUUCAAGGAUAAUGCUUCGUGUUGUUGACUGGCAUCAAGUUCAGCAAUCGAAUUGUCACUAUCAUCUUUUAGACAAAGCACCAAAUACACCAGUUCAUCAUCGUACAGAAGAUGGAGUUGUUUACUUAACACCGAACUGGGCUAAAAAUAGUACAAAUCAAACACGUGAGCGUACACUAUUAAGUGCACAUAUUGAAGCGGCAACAAAUUUAACAUAUCAACAAACAAAAUAUGAUGAACCUGGUCAGUUAUAUUAUUUGUUUUUCCGAGUAUCAUGUUAUGAAAAUGAUUCUAAACUGUUGUCAUCAUCACCAUCAUCAUCAUCGACAUCAUCAACAGUGGAAUCUUUAUCAACGACUAUAUCAUCAGGACAUAAAUCAGCAGUUCCAUCAUCAUCUGUAACUUCAUCAACAAUCAAUAAUGAAUAUACUGUUGGUAAUCAAACAUGGUUUAAUAAUACAUCAUGGGAUAUGAACAAUUAUGAUCAAUCAUAUAAGAAAUAUAAAUUAAUAUUUCAACAUUCAUUUUAUGUUUACAUUUCAAUAUCAAAAUAUCCAUUCUAGGUAAAUGUUCUUAUUACAUAAUCAAAUCUAUGCAUGAUAAUAUAAAAAAUAAUGAAACAAUGUCAAUUCUAUAAGAAUUUGACGACUAACAUCCUUCUUCUUCUUCUUCAUUGUUUCUCUCUGCGUAUGUGUGUGUGCGUGUGCGUGUGUCUGUUUGUUACCCAAAGAUCAUACAUCUUUGCUUUUCUACCCACUACUUUACUACACUUACCAUGAUUUCGGAUGAACGUGACGAUUCAAUGUGUUCAAGUGAUCAUCUUACCAGUGUAUUAGUUUCUAUGUUGUUUUGUUUAAAUGUAAUUCAGUUUUGUGUUGUUGUUUUUUUUAUGAGAAAACAAUCUUUACCUUUUCAUUAUGUAAUCUGAACUUAACCAUGUGGACAUGUAACCUUUUGAAAGAAAAUAGACACGAUCAAAACAUUUAGAGAAAAAAGAAAACGUUUAUCAUAAUUCAUAAUGGAAAUAUAUAAGCUCAUGUUUUUCUUUCUCUUUUUUCGUUUUCUUCUUUUUCUUCUUUUUUUCUUCAAAGAAUGCAAAUUUCUCAGUGUGUUGUUAUAGGCAACAAAAAAAAGAAAAAGUAAAAUCAAUUUUAUAAUUAAUUUAAUAACCGGUUUAAUUAAAUUGUUCUGUGUGUGUGUUUAGGUGAAAUUGAAUACACUGUAUCUUUUAUGUUGUCAGUAUUAUUAUAAUACAUAUAUAUGCUAUAGUAUUAUAAAAAAGUAAAAUGAUC